AUGGGAAAAUCCGUUUGGCAACAUUAGAGCUUGGCUGCCUGUUGCUGAAGCAGCUUGUGUUCUCCAAAAAUAGCAGCAUCAUAAAGGAUGUUCACCUUGCUUGUCUCGAGGGUGCGAGGGAAGAGAGUGUUCAUCUCCUCCGUCGUUUCUAUAAGGGAGAAGAAAUUUUUCUGGAUAUGUUUGAAGAUGAGUACCGGAGUAUGACAAUUAAACCUAUGAAUGUGGAAUACCUGAUGAUGGAUGCCUCAAUCCUGCUGCCUCCAACGGGGACACCGCUGACUGGGAUUGAUUUUGUGAAGAGAUUGCCUUGUGGAGAUGUGGAAAGAACACGAAGGGCAAUCAGAGUUUUCUUCAUGCUCCGUUCGCUGUCACUGCACUUGCAAGGUGAACUAGAAACUCAGUUACCACUCACAAGGGAAGAAAAUUUGAUAAAGACAGAUGAUGUUCUUGAUUUGAAUAACAGUGAUCUAAUUGCCUGUACAGUCAUAACAAAGGAUGGGGGCCAAGUUCAAAGAUUCCUGGCUGUGGAUAUUUACCAGAUGAGUUUGGUUGAACCAGAUAUUGCCAGACUUGGAUGGGGAGUAGUGAAGUUUGCAGGUCUUUUGCAGGACAUGCAGGUGACGGGAGUAGAGGAUGACAGCAGAGCUCUGAACAUAAUAAUUCACAAACCUGCCUCAAGUCCUCAUUCUAAGCCCUUCCCCAUCCUCCAAGCUACCUUUAUUUUCUCGGAUCACAUUCGCUGCAUUAUCGCCAAGCAGCGUCUCGCCAAGGGCAGGAUCCAGGCUCGGCGCAUGAAGAUGCAGAGAAUAGCAGCUCUCCUGGAUCUUCCUGUUCAGCCUUCAACUGAGGUUCUGGGUUUUGGACACAGCUCUGCAGCCUCAGCCCAGCACCUUCCCUUCAGGUUCUACGAGCAGUCGCGCCGCGGCAGCAGCGACCCCACCGUGCAACGCUCCGUGUUCGCCUCUGUCGACAAAGUUCCAGGCUUUGCUGUAGCCCAGUGUAUAAAUCAGCACAAUGCAUCCCCACUCUCCUCCCCAUCACCUUCCACUGGCAGUGGGAGCACAGGGCGCUGUGAUUCAGUGACUGCAAGCUCCACGUCCACUCCUUCUGCUGCACAGAGCCCAGCAGAUGAUGCUUCAGCUCCAGAGCAGCCUCAGAUGGCCAGUUCCGGUCAGACAGUGUUGACUGAUGAAACUCUUUCAACUGUCUCAAAGUCUAGCAAAAAUGCUGUAAAAAGCAGUGACAUAGAAACAGCCAACCUGUCUCCUAGCCUGAUUCCUGCCCAGCAGCCCACAAUAUCCCUGAUAACUGAUGACAGUACAGAUACACUGAGUGUGGAGUCGCUGACACUGGUGCCACCAGUUGACCCUCACAGCAUCCGAACAUUCACCUGCAUUCCUCAGCCCCCUCUGCAGUCUGAAGGUGAGGUUUGCAAGGUCGAAGAGGAAGAGGAGGAAUGUUCUGACUAA